GACGUCUCCUUCCUACGGGGCUUCUAUCAAUCAGCCUGAUAACAUAAGGUAACUUCCAAGUUUUUACAAUGUUUGUCUGAUUUUACAUAACUUUCAUGAUCAAGAGCAAGCCACGAACAUAAAACUUACAGGUUUGCUUUUGACUCACUACCUACCUUAGGUCCUCUUCAACACAAAGGUACGGCGCAUAUACAAGAUUCUGGUUUGACAACCUCAUAUAAAAUAUCUACUUAACCUAAGGUAAUGCAUAACCCUUCCCACCUCUUAUAGCAAGCCUUGGUUGUGGUGACCUCUAGAUGAAAGCAUCGCAUCCUCGGACCUGUUUCUAGAAUCAGUGGACCCUUUUGUUUCACAUUCGUUUACACACGAUCUCUUUGAAUUGCGACACGUCAUUUUGAUCUUAAGUACCGGCUCUCCGGCGCCUUCUCUUCCAAUACUUCCCGUAGUCGAGUGCAAUCUUGUAUCCAAGCAGCAGAGGCCCGGGCAAGAUGAAUAUGGACUUUACAACGUUCCCAGCCGAACUUAGGCUGUCAAUAAUAGAAAUGGUGGCUGAUUCGCUGACGGGAAGAACAAUUGAAUACACUACCGUUUCUCGAGAGUGGCAACCAAUCUUCGAGAAAAGGCACUUCGAGCGGAUUCUUCUUUCACCUGCGCGUCUGAACAGCUUUGCGCAGAUUGUGCAAGGAUCGAGAAGGAAACUAGUCAAGCAUAUCUGGUUGAGAGCAGAACUAGGCGCUUCGCAUCCCGAUAGGGUCAACGCCGGAUUCCGACCUAACCAGAGUCUUGCAGACGAAUCUGACUUCAACAACGCAAUCGAGAGACUCCUUCGAAUACUUAGCACCUGGGAGAGACCUUGUCAUUUAAACGCUGAAGGAUUAACACUUGAACUGUCCGCAUGGUCUCUCCGCGAUUAUGAGUAUGGCUUCCGUCAUCAGAGAUUUGUGCAUGAUCCGUACUCAGAACCCAACAAGGACCUCAGGUUCCCCCCUCUAGAAUUUCGAAAUCUGCUGUCCCUGUUGAUGCUUGAUCACACCUCGCCCGAGGAAGUGGCCCCUUCACGUUCUGGUAACAACUUGGAAAUGAAGGUGUUAGGUCCGACGAUUGAAGAUGCCCCUAAAGUUGAUGUAGUCACCAAGUUCCUUCUCCGUCGGCAGUAUUACAGCCAUAUAUCCCCGGAUCGUAUCGCUCAAAUUUUCGAAAGGCUGACGGGGCUACAACAAAUUAUUUACGAGCCACCAGAAAGAGUAGAUGAUACCACGGAUCUGUGGCAGGGGAAAAGCCAUUGGCUUCUUUCCGAUUAUAGCCUCCCACAGACGCUUAGGCAGCUGUCCAUAUUCGAAGAUCCUUUUCACCACAACGCCUUGACAACCCGAAACCAAACAGGCAGCGCAUAUAGCCCUGGGAUCGCUAUGGUAUUGUUCAAAGAGAGCCGAAAUUUGGAGCAUUUGUCAGCGUCUUUCGUUGUAGAUGCCAAGGACUUCUUCCAACCAUUCUGGCCGUCAACCCUAACUUCUACAAGCCAAAGCUGGGAUAAGCUCGAGACCAUAGCUCUCACGUCGAGCCUUCUAAAGCCUGGUUUCUUUCGUUAUCAUAGCGAUGAAAAUGGCAGCACGAUUACAUGGCGGGGUACUUGGGAACUUGACCUGGAGCCACGGGUUAUCCAGUGCUGGAUCGAGACGGUGCGCAAGAAUACCCACCAUCUCAACGUGGGAGUUCGCGAUAUGGAAUUGCCAUUCGAUGGCACAAGCUUUCCGGCUUCCGUUCUUCGUCACCUGAAGUUGAAAGAGCGGAUUGUACAUCCGGUGUCGUUCUGUCAGCUCCAACUUCUAGGGGAGCCGAAAAGACACAAGUAAUAAAUAGCUUCCUACCCGAGAUUAUAAAUACUCGCUGGUCUUUACUCGGUUUAGGUGCUGGAGGUACCUAACCUAAUAAUGUAUUACACUACUACGAAUUGAAUUAUUGGGUUUGAUUGGUCUCAUCCUCCUCCUUCAGGAUUGCUCAAUACAGCCAACAUGAGGUGCAUGAAUCGCCCCAUUAAAAUUACUACUAUGUAGUGUACCUUGCUUCGUCAAUUCAGUGCCUACUAGGUACCUACCUAAUGUAGUGUAAUGUAACAAAAGAGACAAAGGGAUAAUGAUAUUCGAGCCUACCUACCUAGGUAAAUUCCCUAUCAUCUUAGCAUACCAUAGAACAAACUAGACUGAGGAUAUAUCACUUGUCGCAAUUCCGAGACAGACGAGAUAGAUAUCGCAACAAUGCGUUAU